CGCGACGCUUCCCAGAGUGGGCGUGUCUCCGAGCGCAGGUGGGCGUGGCCGCAGGUGUGCACGGGGAUUAAAGCCCCUUUUUCCCGGGCACAGCGUUUGAGUCUUCCGGCGCAUGCACAGUGUAUGAACGAUGGCAGCAUCUCAUCUUCUGGACGAACGAGAAGACGAUAGACCCAACGGCGGCUACCAUGUGAUGGUGAUGAUAGAGGAUAGGCCACGCCCACAGGUCACGCCCACCGGUCGGACACGCCCCUCUAUGGCCACGCCCAGUGGCGAUCAGGUAGACAAUAAGUCAGACGACAGCAAGUCGAGGCGCUUGGCACGGAGUUUACAUAAGGCCUUGCGAAAAAAACAGGACUACGUUCGCAUCAUCGGCCUGAAGUCCAGCUGCCCCCAGCUGCCGUCGGAAUGGUGGAAGACGGGAAUCGCCUUCAUCUGGGCCGGAUUUAACCUCGUCCUUACUACCGUCAUGAUCACCGUCGUCCACGAGAGAGUCCCGGAUAAAUCCGUCAGCCCGCCGUUACCGGACAAGUUCUUCGAUUAUGUGCCGCGUGUGGAGUGGGCGUUUUCCGUCACCGAGGUGAACGGGAUAAUCCUCGUGGCUCUGUGGUUCAUUCAGUGGCUCUUCCUCAAGCACAGGGCCAUCGUGGGCCGAAGGUUUUUUUUCCUGCAGGGAAUGUUGUAUUUGUACCGUAUGGUGACCAUGUACAUCACAACUCUUCCUGUUCCCAGCAUGCACAUGGAUUGUGCGCCGAAGCUCUACGGUGAUUCUCACGGCAAGAUCAAGCGUGUUUUGCAGCUGGUGUCUGGAGGAGGUUUGUCCAUCACUGGCUCUCAUCUCAUGUGCGGAGACUUCCUGUACAGCGGCCACACGGUCAUGCUGACCCUCACCUUCCUCUUCAUCCAGGAAUACUCGCCCCGCUCGCUGAUGUGGCGUUGCUAUCUUGUGAUCUGCUGGUUGCUAAGCGCGGUGGGCGUGGUCUUUAUCCUGGUAGCACAUGAGCAUUACAGCGUGGAUGUAGUGGUGGCGUAUUUCAUCACCUCACGCCUCUUCUACUGGUACCACACCAUGGCCAACAACCAGGCCUUGAGAGGAUCUCCUCACAACUAUCUGAACCGAACGUGGUGGAGCCGCGUGUUUGACUUCCUGGAGAAGAACGUUAAGACGACGGUUCCCUGCACGUUUUCGUGGCCGCUGUCGCUUCCGUCGCCAUGCUUCGAGAACCCAUGCAAGAGCUAAUGGGUGU